AUGGCGACAGCGGCAAUCUUUUCUUCACUCCGGCGCCGGAGAUCCCCCUCACUGGAAGCCUUCUUGGCCCCCGUGGACCUAAACGAAGUCGCCCUCCUGCAGACUCUCGCCGCCGUGGCGGCCGACCUCGUCACCUGCUUCUCCGGCAACUCCACCUUCUUCCAGCGCAGGAAUUCCCGCUCUUUAAUCCGCAAGAUCGAAGUCUUCCUCGUUCUACUGGAUUACUUGAAAGAUGCUUACGGCGGUUCAGUUUCCUCCCUCCCGCCAAACGCCGUCGUUUGCCUCAAGGAGCUCUACCUCGUCUUGUACCGCUCCAAAAUCCUGCUCGACUACUGCGUCCAAUCCAGUAAGCUCUGGCUCUUGCUUCAGAACCAGUCAAUCUCCGGCCAUUUCCAUGACCUCGACCAGGAGAUUUUAACCCUCUUGGAUGUUUUCCCCUUUGGGGAUGUGAUACUAAGCUUGGAUGUCAGAGAACAAAUUGAGCUCUUGCAGAGGCAAGCCAGGCGGUCAAAACUGCACAUCGAUAAGAACGAUGAAACCCUAAGAUUUCAAUUCUUCUCGUUUCUCGAUGAGUUCGAGAACGGGAAGAUUCCUCCUGAGUCCAACUUGAGAUUCUUCUUCGUCGAGAAAUUGGGGAUUUCCGAUGCGAAAUCUUGCAGAGCUGAAAUUGAGUACCUGGAGGAGCAAAUUGUCAGCCACGAGGGCGAUGUCGAGCCGCCGGCUUCGGUCCUCAACGGAUUCGUCGCAAUUGUGAGGUACUCUAGGUUUUUGUUGUUUGGAAUUGAUGAUAGAGAAGAACCAGAAUUUGUCCAUAGUACUAGUAGUCAUAAAAAACAGAGGAGAGGGCUUAUUUCUCAGGAGAUUGCUGAUACUUUCGUAACAAUCCCAAAGGACUUCUGCUGCCCGAUUUCUCUGGAUUUGAUGCAUGAUCCCGUGAUCAUCUCUACCGGGCAGACUUACGAUCGGGGCUCUAUCUCGCGGUGGAUGGAGGAAGGGCAUUGCAACUGCCCGAAAACUGGGCAAAUGUUGUCAAACACUCGCCUUGUCCCAAACAAAGCCUUAAGAAAUUUGAUCAAUCAAUGGUGUCUAGCUCAUGGGAUCCCUCACGACGAUGCUCCGGAGGGCCCCGACGGUGCUGCUUCAGCGUCGACAUCGUCUCCUGAGCCAUUCGCUGCGGCUUUGCCCACCAAAGCAGCCGUGGAAGCCAACAAGGCCACAUCAGCAUUUCUCGUUAAACACCUUGCCAAUGGCUCGCAAGGUGAGAAAACCGUAGCAGCUCGUGAGAUUCGGCUUCUGGCGAAAACAGGGAAGGAAAAUCGUGGAUUUAUCGCCGAGGCUGGGGCGAUCCCUCACCUCCGCGAUCUCCUGUCGUCUCAGAAUCCAGUGGCUCAGGAGAAUUCAGUGACGGCAAUGCUGAAUUUGUCGAUUUACGACAAGAACAAGAGCCGGAUCAUGGACGAACAACGUUGUCUGGGGUCGAUCGUGGAAGUGCUGAGGUUCGGGUUGACUACCGAGGCUAGGGAGAACGCAGCAGCAACUCUGUUCAGCCUCUCAGCAGUUCAUGACUACAAGAAGAAGAUCGCCGACGAAGAUGGCGCCGUCGAAGCUCUGUCCCGACUGCUAAGGGACGGGACGCCUCGAGGUAAGAAGGACGCGGUCACUGCCCUGUUCAACCUGUCGACACAUUCGGAGAAUUGCGGCAGGAUGAUCGAGGCUGGAGCCGUGGCCGCCCUGGUGGCGGCAAUGGGGAAUGAUGGGGUGGCAGAGGAGGCUGCGGGUGCUCUCGCAUUGAUCUUGCGGCAGCCUGCAGGGGCUGCGGCGGUGGUAAAGGAGGACGCUGCACUGGCAGGGUUGAUUGGGAUGAUGAGGUGCGGCACGCCAAGAGGGAAAGAGAAUGCGGUGGCGGCAUUGCUGGAGCUCUGCCGGUGUGGCGGGAUGGCAGCAACGGAGAAGGUGUUAAAGGCGCCAGCUUUGGCCGGUUUGGUGCAUUCCCUUCUGUUCACGGGGACGAAGAGGGCGAGGAGGAAGGCCGCGUCGCUUGCUAGAGUGUUUCAGAGGUGUGAGAAUGGCAAUGCUGCAGAGGUGAGGUUGAGUGGGUAUUCAAGGGCGGUGUAUGCCGGUGGUGCGAAUGUGGCGCCGACUAGGGAUUCGAGUUUCGUCGGGGAUGUCUCGGUUCGUAUGGCCAUUUCGGUUCCAGUACUGUAA